AAAGAUUUGUUGUAACUUUUUUGGAAGGAGUUGCUGAAUUUCAAACCUGUCGAGCAGAGCGCACCUACGGAAACCAAGGAGGGACCGUCGCGCAGGUAGUAUGUCUUUGCACAGCGACACUUCCUCCGAGAUGGCCAUACCCCCAAUCAACUUUGCCGACGACAAAUACCCUUUCUGCAUCGUUUGGACACCGAUUCCUGUGUUGUCCUGGUUCUUCCCAUUCAUAGGUCACAUCGGAAUUGCAAUGUCCAAUGGUGUGAUACGUGAUUUCGCGGGGCCGUACUUUGUCUCGGAAGACAAUAUGGGAUUCGGGCGUCCCACACGCUACCUGCAGUUGCACCCGAUGCACGUCCUCGGUGGGACGCAAAAAUGGGACGAAUCGGUGAUCAAAGCAUCGGUCACGUACGGGGCCAGGAUGCACAAUCUGUUCUGCGAUAACUGCCACUCGCACGUCGGUCUCGCGUUGUCACUGAUGCGUUACAAGGAGUAUAACAGCUGGAAUAUGGUGGUAUUGGCGUUCUGGAUGUUCUUCAGGGGCCGCUUCGUUGGGCUGCGCGGUUUCCUCAAAACGUGGUCUCCGUUCGUGGUCAUACUGAUCGUCUGCGGUUUGGUGGCGAUGUACUCGCGAUGGACGAUCGACUAAUUGUGCAUCGGACCCCCACGCUCCGGAGUGGUGACGGAUGUUGAUGAUCCUGAUCGUGAGGCAAAUGUGCACCUUCUUCAAUUAUAGGCUAUGCAACGUAGGGGUUAAAAGGCUGAUAUUCCAGUGCAUUGUCUGUAUAUUGACCGUAGCACGUACAUGUGUAAUUUAAUGUGAAACCAUGUUCAGACACCUGCUGGCACA